AUGUCCGAGUUGAAAAAAUUGCAGAGCCUCGUACGAAAAAAUAUCUGUUUCGAGAGCCAAGAAGAAAUACUAACAUUUCAUCGUGAAAUCGUCAACCUAAUCAGUGGUUGCUCUUACAACAAUUUUCCUAACCUCCAGGAAAUUUUUCAACCCGAAGAAAUCAAUCGUCUUCUCGCGAAUAUGAUGAAGUUCUACAGUAGAGUAGGGGAAAUUCGUCCCACUCCGGGAAAUGUCAUCCGGUUCGUGGCUCACAGCGGCUACAAGGACGAGCCCGACCUCGAUCAAGAUGACCCGCCAGUGACGCGUCGCACCACUGCUCUGCAUCGCGCGGUCAGAUGCGAUCGAUGGCUCAUCAGCCAUCUCAUCGACAACGAAAGCAUCUGGGAACUUUUCAUCAUAUAUCACAGAUUGGACGUGAACUACGUCGACGUGGACGGCCUGACGCAUUUCCACGUGGCCUGCAGAUUCGGCUGCGAAGACAUCGUCAAGAAAUUCUUGGAUCUCGGCGCGGAUCCUAAUUGCCGAGUGACGGGUACGGGCUAUUCGACGCUGCAUUUCGCGCUGCAGGUCUUUCCGUUGGCCAAUCGCAGAAACGUGUGGACUUUGCUGCUGAAAAUGGGCGCCAAUCCGAAUCUAGCCGACGCGGAGGGACGAAGUCCGCUGCACUUUAUUUGCAAGAAAUUUGGCGAAGAUCAUGUCUUGGCGAAGACGUUGGUCGAGCUCUGUGACAAAAAGUAUCGGCCGUUGCAAAUCUAUGCUCAGGACAGGCUUGGCGACACGCCGUUGAGCUUGGCCAAGACGGGUGGACACAAUCUCGUGGCCGAAUUGCUGCUGAAAAGUAUCGCCGAUCAGAAUUUCACAAAUGAUCCUGACGAAUCAUUACCCGCAAAAAAGCAAAGAUUAGAGUGA